AAGUAUUGGAUGCUGGUAUAUGUUUGACAUCAUGACAUUUCGCGGAAUUUUUUUCUGCAGCAAAAAAUAGCGACUCCAGAAAUUUAAAUAAGAUGAUGAUUCAAAAACAAUGGAAGAUAAGUGGGGGAAAACACGAUUUCUUUCCGGUGAGCUUAUGAGUAUUAGUAAGGACAUGAAAUGGGACAGAUGCAAGGGAACAUCCUUACAUCAAAAGAAAAGGGUUCGUGUAAAGCUGAUCUGAUUUCUUUGGGCCUGAAGACUGGCCAUUUUCGGCCGGACUCGAAUUCCGAUACAGCUGGUUUUGCCAGUUGAGCUACUAUCGUCUCCGAACUUCACUGGUGGACGGGGUGGUCUUCGAAAAAUUUUGUAGAGACCAGUGCUGCUGGUUAGGACCGCCGUUGCUUUCCCGGAAGCAGGAGUCCGGCGUCGAUGAGUACUGUCUCGAACUAUAUCAAUUGAGAGCGCCAGUUGUGCUUCAGAAGCAGCAACCGCCAGUAAAGAAUACUUUUUUGACAUAGUUCUUAACAGCAAGACGGUUUAGUGUAUGUUUUAGUUGUAAGCGGCUGAGGCUUCAAUAGGCUUCAUUAUUACAUGCUGUGAACUUUUAAGGACAUGACAUUGACAAGCUCGGCUGCACAAUCAUGUGUUCUGUUUUACUUUGUAUUUGAACACAUGUCCGAAGUCACGGCGGCGCCUUUUCAGUGUUUUAGUGGAAAGCAACUGAGAGGCCUUGUGAUAUUCCAAGGUGUGCGAGGACAUUGGGGCUGUUUGAAUAGGAGGAUGAGAUGUAAUUAUUUUCUCCCAUCCAAAUUGUCAAAAAUGUGCAAUCGAUUAAAGCACAGGUUUGCAGAGAAGCUGCUGCUGGACAUUGAAGGACCUGGUUCAAGAAGUAGCUCAAAGUUUCAUAACAAGGUAUCUGUUGUCAUGGAUUAUGACCUUCCUGAUGGAAAUGAGAAAGGUGAAAAGAAAUCUGAAAUGAAUCUUAAAGGUGAAGUAGAUGAGGUGGACAUCUCCAUGGUAUGUAAAAGAUUUCCAUCAAUCAUUUUGGGUCGUGCUUCUCAAGUGGCUUUGUAUGAUGGGACCACGUCUCUCCCUGAAAUUACAAGCAUUCUAGAAACAGUGGAUUUAGAGCAGUAUUUUUCUAAUUCUUCUGAGGCAAGGUGGGUGCAAAAUCCGGUCUCUGAAGCUCAGCCUUCUGCAUAUGCCAAUCAUUCGGGUGUAAAAUCUUCUUCCGUAAGAAAAGAAGAUUCUUAUACUUGUCCUUUAUCACCUCAUUCAACAUCUUCAAUAUAUGAAGAAAAAUUGGAUCAUCCAGUCACCAAGGAGAAUUCUUGUGGGAAAGCGGGGUUGCAGUCCCACUUCAACCUUACACCCAAUGAGUUAUUUCUUGACAAGUCCAUUAAUUGUAUACCUGGAUUAAGUAAGAGAAAUUGCCAGCAGCUAGAAAACUGUGGCUUUCACACGUUACGGAAAUUGCUACACCAUUUUCCACGAACAUAUGCUGAUCUACAGAAUGCACAUUCUCAAAUUACUGAUGGGCAGUAUUUGAUUUUUGUUGGAAAAAUCUUAUCUUCAAGGGGAGUCAAAGCUAGUUUUUCCUUUUCAUUUCUUGAGGUGGUUGUGGAAUGUCAGGUUGUGGUUAGUGAAUCAGCUAUGCAACAUGUGACAGGCAAUAUUACUGACAAUGGGAAAGAGACAGUUUAUUUGCAUCUGAAGAAAUUUUUCCGUGGCACUCGUUUUACCUGUAAGCCUUUUUUAAAUAGUCUUGCUGAGAAGUAUCAAAAAGGAGAUUUAGCAUGUGUGAGUGGCAAGGUGAGGACUAUGCGUGCUAAAAAUCAUUAUGAGAUGAGAGAUUAUAAUCUUGAUGUGCUUGAUGAUGGCAACGAUUCAUCCUUCUGUGCUAAAGAAAGGCCAUAUCCAAUCUACCCUUCCAAAGGAGGUUUGAACCCAGAUUUUCUCAGGGAUAUCAUUGCAAGAGGCUUACAGGCCUUGCCUGUCAAUAUUGAUCCAAUACCUCAAGAAAUCACUCAGGAAUUUGGUUUAUUAAGUCUUCAUGAUGCAUAUACUGGGAUUCACAAACCAAAGGAUAUCACUGAAGCUGAUUUGGCUCGCAAGAGGCUUAUAUUUGAUGAAUUUUUUUACCUGCAGUUAGGCCGCUUAUUCCAAAUGCUUGAAGGUCUUGGUACAAAAAUGGAAAAGGAUGUAUUGCUAGAUAAGUAUCGGAAAACAGAAGAUAAUGCUGGGUGUACAGAGACAUGGUCAUGUCUCACCAAAAAGUUUCUGGACGCACUUCCAUAUAGUCUUACAGCUGGUCAACUUCGUGCGGUUUCCGAAAUUAUUUGGGAUCUGAAAAGGCCAGUCCCUAUGAACCGACUACUGCAGGGUGAUGUUGGGUGCGGAAAAACUGUGGUAGCUUUUCUGGCUUGCAUGGAGGUUAUUGGUUCUGGAUAUCAAGCGGCGUUCAUGGUUCCAACAGAGCUGCUUGCGAUCCAGCAUUACCAGCACUUGCUUAAUUUGCUAGAGAAUUUGGCUGAGGUUGAGCGCAGACCCACAGUCGCUUUACUCACAGGUUCAACCCCACUAAAACAGUCUCGGCUGAUUCGUAAGGGUAUCCAGACUGGAGAAAUCUCGAUUGUCAUAGGAACUCACAGUUUAAUAUCAGAAAAUGUGGAAUUUUCUGCUUUACGUAUUGCUGUAGUAGACGAGCAGCACCGUUUCGGUGUGAUUCAAAGAGGAAGGUUUAACAGUAAGUUAUAUUACACUUCAUCAGUUUCUCAUAUGGAAGAUGCCAGUUCAAAUGGAUCCCCAAAGAGUGAUAGUGAUGUAUACAUGGCUCCUCAUGUUCUUGCUAUGUCUGCUACUCCCAUCCCAAGGACACUUGCUCUUGCUUUAUAUGGUGAUAUGUCACUGACAGAGAUAACUGACUUGCCUCCUGGUAGAAUUCCUGUUCAAACAUACGCAAUUGAAGGAAAUGAAAAUGGAUAUGAGUAUGUCUACAAGAUGAUGAUGGAUGAGUUGGAAGACAGGGGGAAAGUAUAUCUUGUUUACCCAAUUAUCGAACUUUCUGAGCAGCUACCACAGCUUCGUGCAGCUUCUGCAGAUCUAGAAGUCAUAUCACGUCGGUUUCAAGGAUACAACUGUGGUUUAUUACAUGGGAAAAUGAAAAGUGAUGAAAAAGAGGAAGCAUUGAGAAGGUUUAGGACUGGAGAAAUGCAUAUCCUGCUUUCCACACAAGUAAUUGAGAUUGGUGUUGAUGUUCCUGAUGCAUCUAUGAUGGUUGUCAUGAAUGCUGAGAGAUUUGGGAUUGCUCAGUUGCACCAACUUAGAGGACGAGUUGGACGUGGGGCAAGGAAAUCUAAAUGUAUACUAAUAGCAUCUGCUGCUGGUAGCCUUAACCGAUUGAAAGUACUUGAGCGCUCAUCAGAUGGCUUUUACCUUGCUAAAAUGGACCUUUUAUCACGGGGACCUGGUGACUUGCUUGGAAAGAAACAAUCAGGACAUCUUCCAGAGUUUCCUAUCGCUAGAUUGGAAGUUGAUGGGAAUAUCUUACAAGAUUCGCACCUUGCUGCACUGAAAAUUCUAAGCACUUCCCAUGAUUUGGAGCAGUUCCCUGCGCUUAAACUGGAGCUUAGCAUGAGACAGCCACUUUGCCUGCUCGGCGAUUGAGCCUACAUUUUGAAUUUAGAAAUUUGUGAUUAUCAUAAUAUGUGAUUGGAUUUGAUGGGUUCUUUUUGUGUUUUACUAUGAUUUAGGCUUUAGCCUUUAGGCGAUGUAGUUUACUUGUAAAUUUGAUCAUGUACUGCUGUACUGACUUUUUGUGUUAGUUUUAACGAGCUCCAACCCAAAGCCAGACAAGUUUCUUUUUUUUUUUUGACCAGACAGACAAGUUUCUUAAAGUAACAAUCUGAAGCUGGACUGCGUUAAUGUGCA